ACAAAGAAACCUCUCUGAGGUCCUGACUUUGGAUGUUCACACAAAGAACAACAAAAACAGAUUGUCAAGAGGUGGGGCAGAAGAGGAAAACGAAACAUUGGAGAACUGGAAGUUCUCUCGAGCACUGGGCACAUUUUUGAUGAGGUGAGCACAGAGACUGAAAGUGGAAUUGCAUCCGUGUACAGUUGUCUCAAAGCAAAUAAGUCUGGGUGUCACACCAGCCUGAUGCUGGGACCAAGGUCACGUGCCACGGACGGGUGCUGGGAUCAAAGUUAACAAGCUAACAAACCUGCUCAAAGAGAAAGGAUACCACACCUUCCAAGGGAGCCUAACUCCCUGGGGGAUGAUUCUCUGAGAGCAGGGCUGAGUAUAAAAGGCUAUCCAGGGAUGGUGUUUUGACUUUGUCAGAGGGGUUCAAAAUACUCACGGAAGAUUUUAGAGAAAAUUUCAGGAGGAAACCUCAGUUUGAAGGGGAGGUGGUAUUCUGACUUGAGGCUGCAUCACUGUGAUUAGCUCUGUAAUUUAACAGCAGGCUUUCACACUGCUUUUUCCUGCUAUCUGCCCAGUGCAGAGUAUGGCUUCCAUUUUGCCUGCUUCUAAUAGAACCAUGAGACCUGACAAGAAUCCGUAUGAGAGUUUGUCUGCGUUGGUGGGAGCUCGAACAGAAUGAAAGCGUUUGCACUGUUUAUGCACAAGGAACUCGGGUUGGAGGGAGAUGGAGACGACAUCGAGGACAUCUGUGCGGGGACAGACAGAUACUGCAUGUUCAAAACAGGCCCUGUGCUCUCCCUCAGUCACGGGAUGGGCAUCCCCUCCAUUUCCAUUAUGCUCCACGAACUCAUCAAAUUACUCCACCAUGCACGCUGCUGCGAUGUUACCAUCAUCAGAAUUGGAACAUCGGGGGGAAUUGGGAUUGCUCCGGGGUCUGUUGUAAUAACAGAUACAGCUGUAGACUCCUUCUUCAAGCCUCGGUUUGAACAGGUCAUCUUGGAUAACGUGGUCACCCGAAGCACCGAGCUUGACAAAGAACUGGCUACUGAUUUGUUCAACUGUAGCAGAGAGAUCCCCAACUUUCUAACCCUCAUCGGACACACGAUGUGUACCUAUGACUUUUACGAAGGCCGCUUAGAUGGAGCGCUAUGUUGUUUCUCGAGAGAGAAAAAGCUGGACUAUUUGAAGAGAGCGUACAAAGCUGGAGUCAGGAACAUUGAAAUGGAAUCGACGGUGUUCGCCGCCAUGUGUGGACUAUGUGGCUUGAGAGCUGCUGUGGUCUGUGUGACACUUCUCGACAGACUCGAGAGUGACCAAAUCAAUCUGUCCCAUGAUGUCCUGGUGGAGUACCAGCAACGGCCACAACUCCUAAUCUCAAAUUUCAUCAAAAAACAGCUUGGACUUUGUGACCAGAUGUCAUAGCUCCGAAUCCCGCCCCUCUCCUGAGAGUUGGUACAUGGAUCUGCAACGAUGAUGCCAUGUGUUGUUUAUAAUAUUUUUAUGUAAUUCUCAUCCUUGGGCUAAAAAAAAUCAUAAAAGAUUUUAUGAAAUCUUUUAUCUUGAAGUUCAAUUUAUUGCAAGAGAAUUUAAUACCCAUGUGAAAUUAAGUUCAAAUUCCAUUUUAGAACGAGUUAACUAAAGCAGUCUAAUAAUUAAUAUUUUAAACUCAUGAAAUGUGACAUUUGGAGUUUCACAUGUAGCAUUAAUUAAGCUUAUAUCAAAAUAGAUCAGCCAUUUGUAGAUGCUUACCAGUUGCUUGCUGAAGCAGAUCCAGCAGUGUAUGCUAGGAUGUUGUCAGCACUUCUAGGUGUUGGACAAGUGACAAAAUUUGAUCAUGCACAUUCAAAAUAUUUACAAAAAUGUGUCAGUGUAAUAUAGGCCGGUAUGGAAGAAUUCUCCUUGGGGAAAUAUGGCCAUCCCUUUUCUCCGGUCCCCGUACAAUUUCAGUGCACAAAAAUGGAAUUAGAACCUUAUGAGUGUAUGUGAGAAUCACAGAACAUCACAGCUUGAGGUCACACUUCUGGGUUUUUCCCCCCCCCUCUUCAAAUGAAAACCCUCAGUAACACAGACCUCCACCCACCCACCCACCUCCCCAGCUGGAAAUCAGAAGUGACUCAGUUGCCUUCUCAAGAUCUUUUUAUUCCUACAAGGAAAUAUGUCACACACACACACACACACACACACACACACACACACACACACACACAAACCUGUAUUUGUCGUUGUCUCGAUAAGAACUGAAUAAGCUGCAGAAUUAGUUAAUAACCAAAUUUAAACUUGAAAUCAAGAUAGUAACUGAAUCCAUCUCAGGAACUUUGAGGCGGGUCUCGUUCAGAGCCUGCACUUAAUAAGCCUCCCCUGGUUGACCUUGAGAGGAUUCAAGCAGCAGAGGCUCCAGGAAUUGACCCCGCCUUCCACGUUCUUUUGAACAUUUAGAAACUGGAGUGUCUGGUUGGGGUAAGAGUGGAGGAGGUCUUGCAAACUUGUAUAGUAUGUAAUGUUGCAUGUAUGUAUAUAUGUAUGUAUAUAGUUGUUGAAUGAAUAAAAUAUAUCUUUCAUCACGCUGCAG